AUGAGGCUUCAUCUCGCCAUCACUACCAAUGGAUACAAUAGUUGCCUACGCACCAUCGGAGGAAGUAGAUGUUUGGUGUUGAUCACAGUGUGUUUUCAGAUUAUUUGUGUUCUUCUGCUGAUCAACAACAUACUGCUGCACAUUACCAUCAGAACAGAUAGAGACCUGAUAAAGAGUUACAAGAACACAGUUGAAGAGUUUAAUCAAACCAUCAAUAGCUUACAGGACAACACUGAUCUAAUGACUGAAAAACAUCAACUACAGAACAACCUCAGCUCUUUGAGUCAGAAGAACCUGGAACUGAAGGCCAGAGUCAAAGAUCUCACUGAUGAGAAAAAACAGUUACAGAGAGAUUUUGACUUUUUGAAUAAAAAGGGCUCAGUUUGUUUCUUCAUGUCCACUGAGUCGAAGAGCUGGUCUGACAGCAGACAGUACUGCAGGGAUCGUGGAGCUGAUCUGGUCAUUAUCAACACUGAAGAGAAGCAGAGGUUCAUAUCUUCAUUAGUCAAGGAAAGAGUGUGGAUUGGUUUGUCUGACAGAGAGAACGAGGGCGUCAUGAAAUGGGUGGAUAAUUCAACACUGAAUAAAGGGUUUUGGCUCAAUGGUGAGCCAAACAACUACGCUGGAAAAGAGGACUGUAUUGAACUGAAUUAUUAUAGAGGGAACAUGGAAUUGUCACUGCUGAACAACUGGAAUGAUCUUACAUGCUCUGACAAGAAAAAGGGGAUUUGUGAGAAAUAG